CGUUUUAUAAAAACGGAUAUGAAUCGAGAACUUACAUGCAGUAACCAUUGGUCUCGUGAACAUGAAGAUUUUGGUUGUAGUAGCAGCUUUGGUGGCGUUGUGCUCCGGCCACGCUCUACCCACCGUCCCAGGAGACAACAGCCAUUAUGUUGAGGGAGAGAGCCGCUACAUCUGGAUGCCUGAUGGUGAAGGAACACCUGUCCUUGUUGACCUCAAUGAGCCAGUCGAUGAAGCGCUGCUGAACUCUAGGAACGGAGCCAACAACGCAUACUGGCUAUACACCAGGAGUAACCCUAACAACGCUCAAGUCAUUGUUAAUGGGAAUGCAAACACAAUCUGGAGCUCUAAUUACAACGGUGCUCGGCCCUUGAAAAUCAUCGUUCACGGAUGGAACAACAAUGGAAAUACUGCCAUGAACCCACUUAUUACUUCUGCCUUCCUUGCUGUCAUGGACUGCAACGUCAUCGUAGUAGACUGGCGCGCUCUUGCUAACUCCGCGUAUAACACUGCCGCCGCUGGUGUUCCCAGUGUAGGCCAGCACCUCGGCAACUUCAUCAAUUGGCUCAUCAACACAGCUGGUGGUAACUGGAACCAAGUCCACUUCGUAGGAUUCAGUUUGGGUGCUCACGUUGUCGGAAAUGCUGGACGACAAGUUAGUGGUCGCGCUGCACGUGUUACUGGUUUGGACCCCGCUGGCCCUGGUUGGUCUAACAACGGCAACGCUUUGAACAGCAACGCAGCUCAAUACGUUGAGGCUAUCCACACUGAUGGCCACAUUCUUGGUAUUCACAACCCUAUUGCUAACGCUGACUUCUACCCUAACGGUGGUAAAAACCCUCAGCCUGGUUGUUGGAUAAGCACAUGCUCCCACGGUCGUUCAACUGAGCUGUUCGCCUCUACCGUGCGCCACAACCACUUGAUCGGUAGACAAUGCCCCAACAUCUGGGAAGCUGAACUCGGAACCUGCAGUGGAGCUUCCUUCCACAUGGGUAACUCCAUUGUUACCAAACGCGGAAACGGUCUCUUCGCACUCAGAACGGGAUCAAGCUGGCCUUUCUAAACAAUCAACUCUGCCUUAACAAAAUGUGGACAUCUGAAUAAUUAUAUUACAAUUUUAAAUAAGAAUCUGAAUAGUUAAAAUUAUUAAAUUGCUCUUAAUUUAC